AUGUAUGUGGGAUACAUCCUGGAUAAAGAAAGCGGCAUGUAUCACCAAGGGCCGGUAAGAAGAUCGAGCAUAAAUCUGCCUCCACAGAACUUUGUUUCUACACCUCAGUACCCCGACUUUACUGGAUACCAUCAUGUGCCAAACAUGGAUACGCACGCACAGUCUUCGGGGAGUUGGGGACCCACUUAUGGCGCACCACGGGAAGACUGGGGUGCAUAUAGUCUGGGACCACCUAAUACUAUUCCUACACCCAUGAACAACUCCCCUCCUGGACAGGUUCCUUACUGCUCAUCUGAGUACAGUCAUAUGCAUCCUCCAGGAUCUGCGGUGUUACAGCCGCCGCCGGAGAACGUUAAUGUUGCACAACUUUCUCCAGAUAGAGAAAGGCGCAAUUCAUUCCAAUGGAUGAGUAAAACUGCGCAAUCAUCUUCCACAGGUAAAACAAGAACGAGGGAGAAAUACAGGGUAGUUUACACAGACCAUCAGAGGCUGGAGCUGGAGAAGGAGUUCCAUUUCAACAGAUACAUCACCAUCAGGAGGAAAUCUGAACUGGCUGUCAACCUCGGUCUGUCGGAAAGACAGGUGAAAAUCUGGUUUCAGAACCGCAGAGCCAAAGAGAGGAAAAUGAUCAAGAAGAAGCUGGGUCAGUCUGACGGCAGCGGGGGGUCUGUGCACAGUGACCCGGGUUCAGUGAGCCCUCUGCCGGUGCCGGGCUCUCUCAGUCCCUCAGAAAUCCACAACUCUCUGUACCCUCCUCAGGGAAUGAACACUUUGCCAUCUAUCAGGAAUAUACAGCAAGUGACGUGUGAAGUGAAGUGUGAAUCAGUAGAACAGUUCACCCUCCGGACCAUCUAAAACCAUAACAGAGCUCUCCGACCCGCUGACAGGACACUUGAUAGGCAGCCAGAGGAUCUGAACUCUCGU